AAACUGAACAUGAAACUAACAGGUGGUGAUUCAAAUGACUAGGACAAUAUGAGGAGAAUGCUGAGAGACUUUGUAGGAAAGAGAAGAUGCUGCCCCUUCAAGGCACAAAACAACGCCCACUACGCCUCCUACAAGCGGUUCAGGAGGAGGAUCAUCCGGCGGAGCAGCAGUGAUAGAGAUGGUCCUGCAGCCAGUACACCUGUGGCCACUGGGCGGCAGCAUGAGCCCAGCUUUGAGUUUGAUACAGUCUGUCAGAGGCUGGAGCUGGAUUCUCCACCGAGACACCAUGAGACAGCACAGAAAGUCCUGAAUGGACACAGUCAAGUGUUGGUGGGAGGAGCGUCCCGCUGUGAGGCCAUCACACCACCAAACACACCACAUACCUUCACUGCCUCAGGAAAUGCCCCAGAACAGGGGUGGGUGUGGAGAGCUGCAGCUCAGGAACCUGGAAAUGGUCAGCAGGCUGGCUCUGAUGAGAGAAGACAUGCUUUGCAGCCGUUUGCUGUUCUGGAAGAAGCUUCUGUGAGUCUGCAGGGAAAGUCAGUGGUGAAGCUGGCAGUACCGUCGCUGCUGGACGACUACUACACUAACCUUCUCGACUGCAGUUGUAAUGGUAUGGUUGCAUUAGCACUGGGCUCUUCUGUUUACCUCUGGAAUUCAGAAACUGGUGCUUUGGUGGGAUAUUUGCACUCGAGUCCACAACCCGCACGAGCACACCAUCAGACUCAGUCCAUCUCGUGUCUGAGCUGGAGCAGAGACGGCAGAACUCUCUGCGUUGGGACCAGGCGAGGGGAGAUACAGCUGUGGGAUGUUGAACACCAGAAUAUGAGAUGUCUGCCGCCACACAUGUCUGUGGUCGGAGCGCUUUCCUGGAAGCAGCAGUUACUCAGCAGUGGCUCUGUUCUCGGACUUAUCCACCACCUUGACCCUCGGGCUCAAACAGCUCUGGUGGGCACAGCUGUCCAGAAGGAGGCAAUCUGCAGCCUUCAGUGGUCACCAGGAGACAACUGGCUCGCCAGUGGCUCCACAGAAGGCCUCCUCUGUGUAUGGGAUAGUGACAUCGCAGGGCUCACAAGGUCACGUCAGCCAAUCACUGUCAUGAAACAGCCCAGUGCUGUUAAGGCAAUGGGAUGGUGUCCAUGGCAGAGAAAGAUAAUCGCCACAGGAGGUGGAUGGAAAGAUGGAGAACUGAGAAUCUGGGACUCAGAUUUGGGGACUUGUGUGACCUCUGCCAACACACACUCACAGAUCUGUUCUCUGAGAUGGACUGAGAGGAAGAGAUAUCUGGUCACAGGUCACGGCCUUCCUCAUCACCAAGUCAACUGCUGGUCCUGGGACUUACCCUCCCUCAGCCCCAUCUGCCAGCUCACAGGUCAUUCUAAUCGAGUCCUGCACUUGGCCUUGAACCCCGACGGCACUCAGAUUUUCUCUGCUGGAGCUGACCAGCAGUUUCUCAUCUGGGACACGUAAUUAUCAAUUUCACUGAACAUUGUGGGUGAAAGCUCUUGACCUGUGUAACACCCGUGUUCACAUACAAGUGGCUUAUUUUCUUGGUAAUGCACCUGCAUAGAGAAUGCACAUUUCCUCUCUGCUUCUCUGAACUAACCACAAUGAGAAGCAACAAACCACAGUCAAAGUGGGCAAAGAUUUAAAGGUUAAAUGCCUUAUCAA